GUAACCGAAAAUACAGAAUGAAAAUGGCGCAUAUUGAAUAAUCGUGAACGGAUCUGUUGCAAAAAUCACUUUGUCAUACGGAACGCAUCUUUACAGAAAUUUGUGGAAAGAUCAAGAAAGCGAUGGCGAGUGGCAUGGACGUAAAUGUGUUGGUAAAACAUUUAGUAAACGGCACUCUGGGAGAGAAAUUAUGUAUUAUUUGUUUAGAACAGCUCAAUGAGUCCUACGAGAAUAUUUUUACUAAGAUUUGCAAGGAAGAUCGGGAAUAUUGCAUAGCCGACGUGCUCGAGACGGUCUGCCAGAUAAAGUUUGAUGACGAAACUGCCAACUACAAUGUAUGUCUGAAUUGUUUUGUCAAUGCAUCACUGUCCUAUAAAUUCUUCUUGUUGAGUAAAACAAGUCAAGAGAUCAUCAGUUACUACACAGAGCAACUGAACCAGAGUAUUGACACUCUUCCAGAGGAUAACCCUCCAAGCACUUUUUGCAUACCACUCCCUUCCUUUGCUCCUAAAACAUUUAGCUUUAAUUUUGACCUCGAUGGUAUUGGUACUACAGAAACAUAUGAAAUGCCGGUCAAAAAGUCUGUUACCCCGAAGACCGAUGAUGAUGUAGUAGUAGUUGUUCAAGAAAAUGGUGAACUGUUGUUUUACAAGAUAUUAGAUAAUGGACAGAUGAUGUUGCUUGAUGAAUAUGAACGCCAGAAGUAUGAUGAUGUUUUGUCUAAAUCGGCAAAGGUCGUGGGCACCAAGAAAAAGCAAAGGAAGAAAAGAGGUCCUAUGUCAUACAAAUGUUGUACUUUGUGUCCCGUGAAGUAUAGAUUUGUGGCCAAACUGCAGACCCAUAUGAAAGUGGGGCAUAAUGUUAAUUUGUUCGUUUGUAAGGUGUGUAAAGCAUUUACAGAAGACGAAUUGGAAUACCAUAACCACUUGAAGACUCACACCAACAUACACCAAUGUGCGCACUGCAACACAGUGUUUAAAAAACGCGACACAAUCAUUGCUCAUCUUAAAUGGCAUGAGAAAAUGAAGAAUAUUGGACAGUCAGAAAGUGCUCAUAUCUGUGAAAUCUGCGGUGUGAUAUUGGAAAAUGAGCAGAGUCUCACGGAACACUGGGAGAACCGUCACUACAAGAAGUACACCUGUUACUACUGCGGCCGGAUGUAUAAGGGAGAGAUCAGCUUCGAGAUGCACAUCAAGAAACAUGAACAACAUAUGGAAAAGAAGGUGACACAGCAAGACACUCCUAAAUUGUCGGAGCCUGAGAAGAAAUCUCCGAAGCAGGACAGCAAACCUCGAUGUACUUGUACGUUAUGCGGCCACAGUUUCGUAGACCAGCGGGCUUUGAUGUGGCAUCAGCGGUUGCACAAUAACGAGAGACCUUACUCUUGCGAUGAGUGCGGGCGCGCGUUCGUGUCGAUGACCCGCCGCAACCAGCACCAGGUGUGCGCGCACACGGCGCCCACGCGGCGCUGCCCGCUGUGCCCCGCGCUCUUCCACCUGCGCUCCAUGGUCAACACGCACGUCAAGAAGGUACACCUAAAAGCGCACAAGCGCAGGAACCGCACGAGCAAGUAUCAAAACGUGUACUGGCGCACCGAGCCCGUGCCUAUACAAGAGCUGAGCGUGUCCAUACAAAACGAAAUAUUAGAGAUGCAGGCGGCUAAGGAGAACGAACCGGAAGACUGGGUGUGGAGACCAGAAUCCAAAAUGGAGAAUAUGUAGUUAACAUAUAAUAUAGUGGUGAUGGUAUUGUGAACAGUUCCAAUAAUUAUUUUGUAGUAUUGUUGAUUACUCAGUUAAAUAAUCAUAAUAGAGAUCUGACAUUUCUUAUUGCACUUUCAUGAAUAUAUGUACAGUUCUAUUUAAACUUCUUGCAGGCUGCGAAGUUAGCGGCGAGCGCAAAUAAAAUCAAAUCGUUAAUAUAUUUAGGUUCAAUUAAAAUUUAUAUACCUAUUAUGUUUAUAUCUAAAAAGAUUAAAAAAAAUAAGAAUAAUUUUAUUUUAGUUGUUAAGUUGAAAAUGUAUUGUAAUACAUUUCUAUAUUUAUCAGAUAUUUUUAUACCUUUAUUUUGUAAGAAAGUGAAUUAAAUACUCCAAAUCAAUGCAAUCAUUUUUUAAAAUAUCAAAAGAAUUCUUGAGUUAACAAAUUCAGCUGUACUUGGACAGGAACGCAUGCGUCUAACACACUGAUGCGUUCUCCGCAUAGAAACUUAUUAUAUUUUGAGCCGUAAGAAGUUUGAAUAGUCUGUAAAUGAUUUUUAAGUACAUAUAAGUAAAAAAAUAGCACUUUUGAAUUUUAUAGACAUUGUGAGACUAUUUAUAUGAAUAUGCUGUAAAAUAAAAUAGAAUGUUACCAAUAAACAAAACAAACAUAAACCCUUUUUGUAUAUA